AUGGUAAAGGACUGCACCUUGGACAAAAGUGGCUGCCCGCAGCCCGUAACCAUGCGGGUCCUGUUGAGCGUCCUGUAUCCCGUCCUCUCCCUCACCAUCUUCGGAUUAUAUCCCUCUAUGACUAUCGGCCCUAAGGAGGGCUGGCAAGUGUACAGCUCGGCCCAGGAUGCUGAUGGGCGCUGUAUCUGCACAGUGGUGGCACCAGAACAGAGCCUGUGCUCCAGAGAUGCCAAGAGCAGACAGCUCCGCCAGCUGCUAGAGAAGGUGCAAAACAUGUCUCAGUCUAUUGAGGUGCUGAACCUGCGAACUCAGAGGGAUUUCCAAUAUGUCAUGAAGAUGGAAAACCAGAUGAAAGGCCUGAGGACCAAGUUCAGACAGAUUGAGGAUGACAGGAAAUCCAUCAUAGCCAGAAACUUCCAGGAUAUUAAGGACAAGAUGGACGAACUGACGCCGCUGAUCCCUGUACUGGAGCAGUACAAGAUGGAUGCUGCACUCAUUUCCCAGUUCAAGGAGGAGAUCAAGAACCUCUCAGCGGUGCUGACAAACAUCCAGGAGGAGCUUGGGGCCUUUGACUACGAUGAGCUCUAUCAGCGAGUCCUGCGACUGGACAGCCGGCUCCGCAGCUGUAUGGGCAAACUAACGUGUGGGAAAUUAAUGAAAAUCACUGGACCUGAUACAAUAAAGACAUCUGGAACCCGGUUUGGGGCAUGGAUGACUGACCCUAUAGCAUCAACCAGAAACAACAGGGUUUGGUAUAUGGACAGUUACACUAACAGCAAGAUUGUGCGUGAGUACAAGACAAUGGACGACUUUGUAGCAGGGGUGGUUUCCCGAACCUACAGCCUCCCAUUUAAAUGGGAGGGAACCAAUCACAUUGUCUACAAUGGAUCGCUUUACUACAACAAGUACCAAAGCAAUAUUAUCGUCAAGUACAGCUUCGAGACAGGCAGUGUGCUGGCCCAGCGAGCUUUGGAGUUUGCCGGCUUCCACAACAUGUACCCAUAUACAUGGGGGGGAUUCUCCGACAUCGAUGUCAUGGCUGACGAACUAGGAAUGUGGGUUGUGUAUGCGACCAAUCAAAAUGCUGGAAAUGUCGUCGUCUCCCAGAUUGACCCUGACACCCUGCACGUUCUGAAGACUUGGAACACCGAAUACUCUAAAAGGAAUGCGGGUGAAUCAUUCAUGAUCUGUGGGACGCUCUAUAUCACUAACUCUCACCUGUCGGGAGCAAAGGUUUACUAUGCUUACUCUACAAAGACUUCAAGUUACGAAUACAUAGACAUUCCUUUCCACAACCAGUACUUUCAUAUCUCCAUGCUUGAAUACAACGCCAGAGAGAGAGCAUUGUAUGCCUGGAAUAAUGGACACCAGGUAAUAUUUAAUGUCACCCUCUUCCAUGUCAUAAAAACUGAUGAUGACUCUUAAACAUGUUACUUUUCCAACCACAACUAAAGCACCAUCGUUUGUGAUACAAGGACCUUCUAUAUUUACCAUGUUUUCUUUUGUCAAAAAUGGACUAUGAUAUCUUUACUUGCCACUACUUGAACAUUUCUACUUGUGGCUCUAGAUUCUUGGCUGAAUUGAGCAUGGACAUCAAUGACUUGAUACCUAACAACCAUGUUAUACAUUUUUUACACGUUUCCAUUGCUGCUGAUCAGAUUGGUCUGCCUUAUUUGCUAUUUGUUAGGCCUGCCAGCCGAAGACUCUCGAAAAGCUUUUGCAUGAAUGUCCUACAUUUUGUCUGCAGUAAUUUCCUAUGAUAUAGCUGUGUUUCUCUUGCAAAUCUGUUUUGCUUACAGUGUUUGCAUUUUUGCCUAUUUAAAAGUCUAUUUAAAAGUAUUUAACAUUAAAGACAACCUCUUGUGUAUAUUUGCUACCAUGUUAAAGUAGCUCAUUAUAAAGUAUAGUUGCCAUUCUUUUAAAGAUGGGCUUGUAAAAUAUUGCUGUUAUGUAUGUAUCUGUGGAAGAAAAACAUUUGUAUUUUUUAUAAAAGAAAACCAUAGGAGAAUAUCUGUGCAUUUUCAUUAAAAUAAAAAUAUUGUACAUUUCAUUAA